UCUGCAGGCAGGAGAGGGAGGGUCAACAUGGCGUCUGAACAGGAGAGUUCCAAUGGGCCUGUGAAGAAGUCCAUGCGGGAGAAGGCUAUAGAAAGACGUACUAUCAACAAGGAACACAACAGUAACUUCAAAGCAGGCUAUGUACCCAUAGAAGAAGAACGUCUUCAUAAGACAGGACUGAGAGGACGCAAGGGAAACAUGGCUGUUUGCAUCGUCAUCCUCCUCUUCAUCCUCGCCUUAAUUAACCUCAUUAUCACUCUGGUAAUAUGGACGGUGAUCCGUAUCGGUCCGAAUGGGUGCGACAGUAUGGAGUUCCAUGAGAGUGGCCUGCUGCGCUUCAAACAGAAGGCGGACAUGGGCAUCGUUCACCCACUGCACAAGAGCUCAGUAGGAGGCCGCAAGGACCAGGACCUAGUCCUUGUUGGCAACAAUAAUCCGGUUGUGUUCCAGCAAGGCACCACUAAGCUGAGUGUGGAGAAGGACAAGACCUCCAUCGUCAGUGAUGUUGGCAUAUCCUUCACAGACCCUCGAACACAGACCACGUUCUUCAGCACGGACUUUGAAAACCAUGAGUUCCAUUUGCCCAAAGGAGUCAAAGUUCUCAGUGUUAAAAAGGCUUCCACAGAAAGGAUCACCAGUAGUGCAUCGUCCGACCUGAGCAUUAAAGGGGACGGCAAGGCCAUCAUUCGUGGAAACGAGGGCGUCAACAUCAUGGGCCGGACUGUAGAGUUCAAAAUGGGUGGAGACAUCGAGCUCAGGGCUGAGAACAGCAUCGUCCUCAAUGGAUCAGUGAUGUUCAACGCUACACGCAUCCCUAAUUCUGCAGGAGAUGUGUAUUUCGAUGAAGGCAUGGAGAGGUAUAAGCUCUGUAUGUGUGCGGAUGGGACUCUGUUCCGUGUGCAGGUGAAAUACCCCAACAUGGGUUGCCAAACGUCAGAUAACCCGUGUGGAAAAGUUCACUAAGAGACUUGACUAGAGUCUGCUUUUACAUCUCCCUCCAGCCUGUCAAAGAUUACAAUUCAUCAUGACUUGCACAUAAUAAUACCUCCGCAGUAUACCCGUCAAAUUCUGUAUUCCUCAUGUUAGUUGCCAAACAAGAAUUGCGUUACAGAUCAUUGACACUUGGCCAAAGAUAUGAACAUACUUGUAAGUGCUGAAGUAUUUUUAUUGUUUUACAGAUGUGCAAUGCCAUGUCAGUACAUAACACUCCGAGAUGUAUCAUCAUACUGUGCUUUACAAUGCCCAUUGAUAGAGAAACUGCAGUUUUAACUUUUUUGCCUUACCGUCCAGUAUUAAUAAUAUACAAACCUUGCAGAGGGGUUGUAUAAGAUUUUAUUUGCUCAUUUGUUUUGUUGUUUCAACUCUACAUGAUGUGUACACUGUGUAAUAUUACAUUUGGGAUAAACUUUAAAACAUAAGAUGCAUUUGAAGACAUCCAGUAACGCUAAAGCAGAGUAGGUCUCUUUCUUGGACUGUCUAUCAUGCACGUGCCAAUGGAUUUACAAGAGAUGAUGAAUAAUAUAUUUGUAAUAUUCCAAUUUUGUUGCAAAAUCUUUUUUUACAGCGAAAUAAGACAAUAUUAAAAAACCGAAGGAGAGUGUGUGCACUUAAGUUAUGCUACAGAUUAACGCAAAUAUCUUUAAAUGUUGAUGAAUGACAGGAAAGUCUAAACCUGUAGCUCGUUUUAAAGCCUAUAUUGAGUGGUUUGAAUUGUGUGCAAUCAUAGUCUUUGGAUUGUGUUGUUUGUUAAAUAACAGUGUUGAUGUUGAGAAUGUUAUGAGAUAGUGUUCAGAGCAUUACAGACCUAAUGUGAGAAAACAUGUUUUUGAUCGACUAAAUUAAAAAAAUCAGCUUUAUUUGAAAACGUGUCCAACAUCUCAUUGCUAUGUUUGUUUCAAUAAAGAAACCUGUUGCUAUGUGAAA